CUCUGCUCCGAGUCCAGAGUCGAAGCAGGACAGCCCAGGAAGGAGGAUUUAGCACGCCAGGAUUCUGUUCAGUCUGAAGAAGAACAAGCGGAGGUUGAACAGGAAGGAGCCAAGGUUCACCUCUGAGCUUCGUCGUUUUGUGGUCCCCGCGCCUGUGCGGUUGCAGCUCUUUCUUGUUGUUUCAACGCAAGCCGAAGCCCGGCUGUAACCGCAAGCGGCUCAAGAUGCCGGCCACCGCGGGGCGGGUGCGGAUGCCCGCCAACAAUCGGAUGCACAGCGGGUCUGCGCUGCAGACGCACGACAUCUGGAGCAAAACAAUUGGCUAUGAUCCAUAUGCACCGGAAAAGAAGGCGGCGGAGGGUGCCGAGAACCCCUAUGAGAACGCACAGGGCCUGAUGGCCCUGGCUAGAAUUAAGAACACAGCAAACUUUGGAGACGCAACCAGAGGGGCGUGCAGAAAGUGCAACCGGGUUGGACACCUGACGUUUCAGUGCAAGAACUUUUUGACGGCGAGGGAGGAAGAGGCAGCCCCUGCGGCGGCGCCCCCAGUAGAGCUGCAAGAGUCUGAAUCCGAGAGCAGUUCAGACAGCGACCAGGACUCGGACAUUGAGAGGGCGCUCCGGAGUGCGAAGAAGAAGAAGGGGCUGGUGGAGAAGAGGCAUAAGAAGGUCAGCGGUAAGAAGCACACUAGCAGUAAAAGGAGGAAGGCAGAGACGGAGAGCUCAGAUGAGGACUCAGAGGAGGAGCGCAGGCGGCGGAGGCGGCGAAGAGAGAGGAGGCGGAGGGACCGCUCUCCGUCAGAGAGUGAUUCGAAGGAGGAAAGAGACAGGAGAAGGAAGCAUAAGAAGAGGACAAAGGAUGUGAGUGACGAGGAGUCUUCUGAGGAGGAGAGGCGCCGGAGGAAAUGGCAUAGCAAGAAGAGGAGGGAGGAUAGUGAGAGUGAGGGGGACAAGGCAGACAGGAAGGAUAGAAAGAAGAAAGACAGGAGUAGCACGAAGCGUAGGGAUAGGGACAGCGAUGUUGACAGCGAGGAAGAUAGGAAGAGGGGGCAAGAUUCCGUUUUGUGCUCAUAA